AUGGAGUCGUCGUUGGAGGAGGAGCGGCGGCAGAACCUGCUGGUGCGCGCGACGGAGCCGGAGGAUCUUGCCGGGCACACAGGUGAUGGGUCAGUUGACUUUAGAGGUUUUCCUAUUUUAAAGCAUAACACAGGGAACUGGAGAGCAUGUUCAUUGAUUCUUGGAACUGAAGUAUGUGAACGCUUGGCCUACUAUGGAAUCUCAAAAAGUUUGGUCACUUACCUUUCAAAAAGGCUACAUGAAGGAAAUGUCUCUGCUGCGAGGAACUUCACAACCUGGCAAGGAACUUGUUAUCUUACACCACUUAUUGGAGCAACCCUAGCAGAUUCGUACUGGGGAAAGUACAGGACAAUUGCUGUUUUCUCCACUAUUUACUUUCUUGGGAUGGCGGCAUUGACACUUUCAGCAUCAGUUCCUUCUUUCCAGCCCCCUCAAUGUGUUGGGUCUAUUUGUCCACAACCGACAUUACCUCAGUAUCUUUUAUACUUUGUUGGACUAUACAUGAUUGCUUUGGGAGCUGGUGGUAUAAAGCCAUGUGUUUCAUCCUUUGGGGCUGACCAAUUUGAUGAUACUGAUCCAGUUGAGAAAACAAAGAAAGGCGCUUUCUUCAAUUGGUUUUAUUUCUGCAUAAAUAUUGGUUCUUUGAUCUCUGGCACAGUUCUUAUUUGGGUACAAGAGAAUUAUGGAUAUGGCAUUGGAUUUGGGAUCCCUACUUUUUUCAUUGCCUUGGCUAUUGCAAGCUUUUUUAUAGGUUCAGAAAUAUAUAGAUUUCAGAUACCGGGAGGAAGCCCACUUACAAGAGCAUUUCAGGUAGUUGUGGCAGCCACUCACAAGCGAAAAGCGGAUUUGCCAGUUGAUAGUUCUCUUCUCUAUGAGCUAGAUGGUAAGACUUCAGCUAUUGAGGGGAGUCGUAAGCUGGAGCACAGUAGUGAAUUCAGGUUCCUUGAUAGAGCUGCCGUUAUCUCACCUGCUGAUCUGAAGAGCGAAUCCUUUACAGACUCAUGGAAGCUUUGCACAGUUACCCAGAGCAGGGCAUGGUUCUUGACAAAGCGCAUUGGAUCUUUCAACAUUCCUCCUGCAUCUCUCUCAACUUUUGAUGUAAUCAGCGUCAUCAUAUGGGUUCCACUUUAUGAUCGCAUUCUGGUGCCAAUAGCUAGAAAAUUCACCGGAAGGGAGAAGGGUUUUUCGGAGCUACAGCGGAUGGGAAUUGGAUUAGUCCUGUCAAUUCUUGCGAUGGUAUCUGCAGCUCUUGUUGAGUUGAAGCGUUUAGAGAUUGCCAGGUCGGAAGGUCUUAUUCAUGAGAAGGCUGCUGUUCCAAUGAGCAUUCUUUGGCAAAUACCACAAUAUUUCUUGGUGGGUGCUGCUGAGGUGUUUACUUGUAUAGGCCAAGUUGAGUUCUUUUACGAUCAGGCCCCAGAUGCCAUGAGGAGUUUAUGUAGUGCAUUUGCACUUAUUACAGUCUCACUGGGAAGCUAUAUAAGCUCCAUCAUACUUACGUUGGUGGCGUACAUUACAACUCAGGCAGGAGAUCCUGGAUGGAUCCCUGACAAUCUGAAUGAAGGCCAUCUCGACCGGUUCUUUUGGUUAAUUGCAGGGAUAAGCUUUGUGAAUUUGAUAGUUUACAUGGGUUGUGCUGUGAGAUACAGAUAUAAGAAAGCCUCUUGA